UCUGCGAUUAAUGCAGAAGUAGUGAACGGCGGUGAUAGUGAUGGCUGUAGUCACUGUGUUUUGAUAAAUGGAUACCAGGAAGGACAAGCUUGGCUGAGGAGCGGCGCAAUUUCCAAAGAACGCCACUCAGAAUUGCUCGCAUCUUGGAAAUAUAAUUGGGACCAAACAGCCGGAUCCUCAAUGAACUUGGACCCUAAUGAUUAUGGAGAUGGCGGAUGUGAGCAGAACUUACUAGGAAAUGCUACCCGUCUCUUCAAAUCCGUUUUGCACCAAACUGCCAUCAGAAAGUCAUUCGGACUACUGAAGAUGAGGAACAAGGAGACAGAAACAGAACAAUAUGGUGGUUUCUCGAAUGAUCAAGAUGACUAG